AUGGCUAAAGAGCAGAAGAAAGGAAUUCAAUUGGCGAAUUUGCUAGAGAAAAAGCUUAAAAUGAACAAACUGCACGGACUGCAGGAUUUAUACGUGAUGGUCAAUGGCGUGCAGAUGGCGAUUCGGGAUGUAGUCGCAUACCACAUCCACGACACCGAUAUGGUCUACGUUGUUGGGCCGUUGCAGCCAGCUGUCAAAACGGCAAAACAGGCUGCCUUGAAGAGGAAGGCCCAGAGGGAGGCCCGAGAGCAGGCAAUGAAGGAGCACCAGCACACAGCAGAGUGCGCGCACGGCGAGGAGGCCAGAAGUCUCUCCGAAGAGGACGAGGUAGACGUUGUGGAAGACGCUGUCGUUGAAGAGGAGGCUGCAAAGGCCGCUCCGGAGGUUGCCAUCACAGAGGAUGAUAUUAAGGUGGUGGUAGAGCAGGGCGGUGUCUCCCACGAGGAGGCUGCCAAGCUGCUCAGAGAAAACGGAGGAGACCCUCUUUCCAUUCUUAUGAUGCUGGGGAAGUAA